GGACAUGGGGCUGCGCCUCAGCUCUCAGCUGACCAUCAACACCGCCAUCGUGUACAUGCACCGCUUCUACAUGGUCCAGGCCUUCAGCCAGUUCCAUCGCAAUUCUGUGGCCCCAGCAGCCCUGUUCUUGGCAGCCAAGGUGGAGGAACAGCCUCGGAAGCUGGAGCAUGUAAUCAAGGUAGCACAUGCAUGCCUGCAUCCUCAGGACACCCUUCCAGACACUAGAAGUGAGGCUUACCUGCAGCAAGCUCAAGACCUGGUCAUUCUAGAGAGCAUUAUACUGCAGACCCUGGGGUUCGAGAUCACUAUUGAUCACCCGCAUACGCAUGUGGUGAAAUGCACGCAGCUAGUGCGAGCCAGCAAGGAUUUGGCACAAACUUCCUACUUCAUGGCGACCAACAGCCUGCACCUGACCACCUUCAGCUUGCAGUACACCCCUCCCGUUGUGGCCUGCGUCUGUAUCCACCUGGCUUGUAAGUGGUCCAACUGGGAGAUCCCAGUCUCCACGGACGGGAAGCACUGGUGGGAAUACGUUGAUGGCACUGUAACUCUGGAGCUCUUAGACGAGCUGACUCAUGAAUUCCUGCAGAUUCUUGAGAAAACUCCCAACCGGCUCAAACGCAUCCGCAACUGGCGGGCCUCCCAAGCAGCCAAGAAAUCCAAAGCAGAUGACCAAGGAGAAGACGAGUGCCUCUCGGAGCAAACUAUUCUCAGCAUGAUCUCCAGGAACAAUUCUGACAUGAACAUUGCAGGCUUAAUGAGUAUGUCAACUUCCUCGACUGCAGGAGCUGGGCCUCCCCUCCCAGAUGAAGAGGAAUCGCCCAGUGAUCUGAGCAGUAUGGAUAUGUUUCAGUCAGAGCACUGGAUGACCCACCAUCCUCCACACAAACUAGAGGCUGGCCAGGUUCACAGGACUAACGAAAGCUCAGCAGUCGCUGAGCAGGAUGGCGUGGCUUACCAGAAGCAGAGCAGCAAGAGCGCGCCGUCGGCAAAGGUGUCGCUGAAAGAGUACCGCGCCAAGCAUGCUGAAGAGCUGGCCGCACAGAAGCGGCAGCUGGAGAACAUGGAGGCCAAUGUGCGCUCUCAGUACGCUUAUGCUGCACAGAAUCUCCUGGUCCAGCAGCAGAGGGAGAGGGAGGUCCAGCAGGAGAACAACCCCUCGCCAGUUGUCCUGAAGAUUCCCACCAGCAGCUCUGAAAGCACAGAGCGCCCACCUUUGGAAAAGAGCGACAAGGCCUCCGCCCUGAAGCUGAGGAUCCCUGUGGCAGGGGGAGGAGGGGACAGACAACUUGCCUCCAAACCAGAGGAGAUCAAAAUGCGCAUCAAGGUGCCGACUGCCUCAGAUCGGCACAGCUCCUCAGACGAGAGCAGCGGGAAGAGUCGGGAGCACAAGGAGAAACACAAGGCCCAUUUGUCCAACCACCACCAUCGCAAUCAUCACUCGCACAAACACUUGCAUGCGCAGCCCACAGCUGGGGCCAGCAGCGCUGGGGGCAAGCGACCAGGAGACUCUAAACACAGCAGCCAGCAGAGCACCCUGGCCCAUAAAAGCUUCAGCUUGUCUGGGUCCUCUCGGAAGAGGCCUCUCCUGGAAGAGGUGUCGGCUGCUGCACAUGAGCACCAGCCGAAAAUCAGUAAGAGCUCCAAAGCUGCUGGCAUGCAAUUUUCCUUUGCCCACCUCCCUGGGGCUGCCCAGCUUCCCGGGCACAGCUUGGAUGCAGCUGGCCUUCCCUUCCCCCAGGCCGGCAAAGCCAGGGGGACCCAUGGGAAAUCGGACAAAGGCCCCACUGGGGCUAAUGGGCACAACACAAACCAGGCCAUUGACUACCAGGAUACAGUCAACAUGCUGCACUCGCUGCUGAGUGCCCAGGGUAUGCAGCCCACCCAGCCCCCGGCUUUCGACUUUGCCCACUCGUAUGGCGAGUACUUGAAUCCAAGGGCCCCUGCGAGCUCCAGAGCUGCCAACACGGACAAGCCCCGACCACCCCCACUGCCCUCAGAACCCCCUCCCCCCCUCCCUCCUCUGCCCAAGUAAAGUCCUUUUUACUACUGAGUUUGUAUAGACAUGCCUGGAAUCUGGGCCGCCCCCUGCAGGGGAGGGGCAGGGUGCUCGGACCCCACUGCCUCACAAAACUAUUUUAUUAUUAUUAUUAUUAUUAUUAUUUUAUUAUUGGUCUUAGAGUGCGGAGUCCUCCAAGCUGUGAAAGGAUAAAAUGUCCUUCCUUCUCCUUGCUCUCCCCAUCAGAAUCCCAUGGGGCUGCAGGGGCCUGCCCCCUCUUGGAACAGAGCCCCCUCUGCGUGUUGUGCAGGGGGGGUGGGGAUGUGGGGGUACCUAAAACGUGUCGCAGAAUCUCUUAAAAACAUUUUAAAAAUAAUUUAAAC